AUGUUUCCUACGAGCUUCCUCCAGGCCAUUAUCCACAGCUUGAUCUUAUCUCCCACACAAACCUCUGAUUUACAAACAAACAAGAUGCUGGCGACACCUUCUCUUCAACUGGCUGCCUCUCUUGGCGCGAUCUUGAACUCCGCAGCGGCGACUGCGACACCCACACCCUCGUCCUGUGGCUUAUUGGUGGACGCAGCGCCCAGAACGCCUCAACCGUACGUGCUGCCGAAUCUGCAGGGCCACGCCGUGGAUUUCGGGGGCUUAAUUAUCCGAACACUGGUCCCAAACACCACAUCGUCGGGUGCCUUUUCACUUGUUGGCGUCAACUCAGGGCCAGCCCCUCUCAACCUCAUCCAUUAUCACAAAGAGAUUGAAGCCUUUUACACCCUCAAGGGGAGUGUACAGGUCUUUCAUAACACUGACACCGGUCGUGAGCUGCGUGCCAAUGAUUUCGUGUUCCUGGCCCCGGGUAACAACCAUACAUAUCGUCCCAAUGAUCUCGACUUCCAGCUCACGCUGGGAAUGGCUCCUGGGGGAAUUGACCGGUUCUUCGCCGCCGCCGGUAAUCCUUACAACUCACGCGCCCCGUUUGACCCCCAAGAUGCCUCGCAGCUCAACGUGACCAAAGUUCUGGGGCUGAUGCCUCAGUACAACAUCGUCCCCGAACCUCUGAAUACCAUCAACCUCGAUUGGACAAAUGGAACUACAGCAGAUGGCUUGGACACCUGGCAUAGCGCCGACCAAUCUUUGCCAGAGGAUCCCACGCAAGCCUACUUCAUCUCCAGCAACCGCGGGCCCAAAUACCUUCAUCGGAGUUCAGGCCAGGUUAUCGCUCAACUCGCAUCUGGCAAGCAGACCAGUAACAAGCUCAGCGUCGCCAGUAUAGUCAUCAAGCCCCACAAGAAGCAGUCUCGGCUUCAUUUCGCCGUUGACCAGGCAUUCCAAGUCACAGAAGGUCAACUCCACCUUCAAAUUGGUGGUGAGGAAGCACAAUUGAUCUUUGGUGACCUUGCUUUCAUCCCAAUGGGCACGCCUUUCAGCUACUGGUCGACCGUGGGGUUCACCAAAAUGGUCACCUGGGCUGCGGGCUCAGGGCUCGCCGACAGUCUGAUUUCGGAGGCUGAGGCGUGGGCGCAUGGAGUUUGGCCCGCGUAA